AUGCUGCUACCCCGUCGCCUGCUGUUGCUCUUCGCCGCCACCGCCAAGUGUCGCUCACCGUCAACCUCCUCUCGUCUGCACGUUGUCCUGAGGCGAUUGCUCAAUAGCCGUUUGACGCCUCGCAACGGACUCCAUGCCGGGGCUGCCGUUCGUGGCCUCGCAUUGUCCAAGCCGAAGCUGAACGAGAUCCGCAAGUUGCUCAGUCUCGCCGUUCCCGAACGCUACAGCAUUGGAGCCGCCAUCUGCCUCAUCGCCGUCUCCAGUUCCGUCAGUUUGUCAGUGCCAUACUUCAUGGGCCGUAUCAUCGACAUGAUCUUCGCCGGCGACGACGUCCACAGCGUUGACCCUCAUUCGACCACGUCGACCGCCGCUGUGCUGUCUGCUGACCAGCAGAAACGAGCGAGGAUUGUCAACCGAUUGAGGGAGAAGGUGUUUAACUCGAUAAUGAGUCAGGAAAUAGCGUUCUUCGACCGCACGAAAAGCGGCGAGCUGAUUAACCGACUGAGCAACGACGUGUCGUCGGUUGGCUACGCGACAACGGUGAACAUAAGCGAUGGACUGCGAGGCGUUGUUGCGGCCGUGGGCGGAACUACGAUGAUGGCACGUAACUUUUGUGUCUCAACCAAAUUGGCGCUAGUCGGUAUUUCGGUAGUACCACCUGUAGCUGCCGUGGCGGUCAUGUACGGUCGCUACCUGAAGCGGCUCUCUCAGGGCACACUCGAUGCCCUGGCGGCGGCAAACGAGGUGGCCGCAGAGAAAAUCAGCAACAUUCGCACGGUCAGGGCUUUCAACGGCGAAACCUUCGAAGGUAAGCGAUACGCCGCAAGGCUGAAAGAAGUGCUCACUUUCUCGUACAAAGACGGCUUCGCAAACGGACUAUUCUUCGCCUUCAAUGGUCUGUCAGCGAAUAUUCUGAUGGUUGUUAUCCUUUAUACUGGAAGCGGCCUCGUCUGCACCGGCGAGAUCACGAUCGGGGCCUUGUCAUCGUUUCUGUUUUACGCGGUCUUUGUUGGAGUGUCGUUGAGCGGUAUCACCAGCUUUUAUACGGAGCUGAUGCGCGGUAUUGGAGCCACAGCGCGCCUGUUUGAACUGACCGACCGUAGACCAGCAGCCGUCUGUGCAGAGGGCGUUCGACCGCCGGCACUCUAUGGUACGGUGGUUUUUAAAAACGUAUCUUUCGCCUACCCAACACGGAAGGCCGUGCCAGCCGUGAACAACAUUAAUCUGGUCCUUAAUCCAGGAUCAGUAGUAGCUGUAGUUGGUCCUAGCGGAUCCGGAAAAUCUACUAUCGCUCACUUGCUUUUGCGGCUUUACGAUCCGGACGAAGGAGACAUUUAUAUCGAUGAUCUCAACUUGAAGCAGCUUGACCCGCGUUGGAUUCGGGAUCAAGUCGGUGCUGUUAUUCAGGAUGUAGUAUUGUUUUCUUCAUCCGUGGCAGAAAACAUCUCGUACCCCUACCGUAUUGCUGACCAAGCUUUACUGGAGGCUGCCGCCGAUCGCGCUAGUGCUCUUGAUUUUAUUUCGCAGCUUCCGAAUGGGUUCGACACUCUGGUUGGUGAAAAAGGCGUCUUACUCUCAGAUAUUGGUGAACGCCAGCGGAUCGCCAUUGCCAGGGCUCUGUUGAAAAAUGCACCUAUACUGCUGCUGGACGAAGCGACCAGUGCCCUUGAUGCUCAGAGUGAACAUAUCGUGAAACUAGCAUUGAAACGGCUGAUGUUCCACACAUUUGGCAAAACUGUUUUAAUCAUCGCUCACCGGCUGUCCACAGUGAAGCAGGCAAACGAAAUCGUGGUCCUCAAUCAAGGGAGGAUCGUCGAAAGGGGGACCUUCCAAGAACUGACUUCAAUCGAAAACGGCCUUUUCACAAAUUUGGUACAGAAGCAAUCGCUUACCGGUUGA